AUGGCAAAACCCACUAACCUUUCCUCUCCAUAUCUCGUGUUCUUUAUGAUCUUCACUGUUAUUUCUUUCGCCAGAGCAGAGCUACAACAAAGUCCUGCGUAUCUGGGUUUUGUAUUCAACGCUACAGAACUCCCAUCGGAGGACUACUACGACUACAUCAUCAUCGGAGGCGGCACUGCCGGAUGUCCACUGGCGGCAACUUUAUCUCAGAAUUAUCGGGUAUUGUUGCUUGAAAGAGGCGGUGUUCCUAAUGGAAAGCCUAAUCUGAUGACCCAAGAAGGCUUUCUUAACAGUCUCACCGACGUCGACUCAUUUGACUCCCCUGCUCAAGCCUUCACUUCCGAAGAUGGCGUCCCCAACGCCCGAGGCCGGAUUCUUGGUGGUAGCAGUGCCAUUAAUGCCGGGUUCUACAGCCGAGCCGAUCAAGAAUUCUAUGGAAGAUCAGGUUUGAAUUUGGACCCCCGAGUGGUGAACCAGUCCUAUGAGUGGGUUGAGAGGGCUAUUGUGUUUAGACCAGAGCUCAAGAAUUGGCAAUCGGCAGUGAGAGAUGGGCUUUUGGAGGCCGGAGUCGAUCCCUAUAAUGGGUUUAGUUUGGAUCAUGUAGUGGGUACCAAGAUUGGUGGUUCUACAUUUGAUAGCUCUGGUCGUAGACACAGUGCCGCUGAUCUUCUCAGCUACGCGAAACCUUCCAAUAUUCGAGUGGCUGUGUAUGCAAGUGUUGAAAGGAUCCUGAUAGCCUCUUCUUCCACUUAUUCUGUGUCGAAGCAAUCCGCAAUUGGGGUUGUUUUUCGAGACCAGAUAGGAAACUACCACCACGCAAUGGUACGUGAAAAGGGUGAAGUAUUUCUCUCUGCAGGGACUCUUGGUAGCCCUCAGCUUCUGCUUUUGAGUGGCAUUGGGCCAAGGCCUUACCUCUCUUCGUGGGGAAUUCCAGUGGCGCAUCACUCGCCUUAUGUUGGACAGUAUCUGUAUGAUAACCCCAGAAAUGGCAUCUCAAUUGUGCCACCGAUGCCACUGGAGCACUCUCUCAUACAAGUUGUGGGUAUCACCAAUUCAGGGACUUACCUUGAAGCAGCCUCCAAUGUCAUUCCUUUUGCUUCCCCUGCUCGCUCUGUUUUUAUCAGGUAUCCAACUUCACCACUGUUUCUCACUGUAGCCACCCUUAUGGAGAAGAUUAGUGGGCCACUCUCCACGGGCUCGCUCAGGUUGGCAUCCACAGAUGUGAGGGUUAAUCCAAUUGUCCGUUUCAAUUACUUCAGUAAUCCGGUUGAUUUGGAGAAGUGUGUUAAUGGGACUCGUAGGAUUGGUGAUGUACUGAGGAGCCGUUCCAUGGAGGAUUUCAGGUUCAGGGGAUGGUUUGGGAGUGAUUUCAGAUAUGUUGGGCCUGAAUUGCCUGUUGAUCAAUCAAAUGAUCUGGUGAUGGGGGAUUUUUGCCGCCGCACAGUGAGUACAAUUUGGCACUACCAUGGUGGCUGCCUUGUGGGGAAGGUGGUAGAUCGCAAUUUCCGAGUUAUUGGGAUUGAUGCUCUUCGAAUUGUUGAUGGUUCCAUAUUAACUGUAUCGCCAGGGACCAAUCCUCAGGCUACUCUUCUGAUGCUAGGACGGUAUGUUGGUAUGAAGAUACUCAGAGAGAGAACGAGAUAA